AUGCCACGAAAACAUGGCGUCAGGCCAGUCGAAGCUUCGUCUCGGGCAUGCCACGUUCGCUUCAAUCGUCUCUCCGUUCUGUACAACAUUUGCUUUACGCUCAAACUCGUCCUGACCCCGUUGUUUGCAUACUUGACGGAACCAUUUCCGUGGGCGAUUCCACCGCCAUUCGAUCCGGCGUGGAAUGCCACAAACGAGGCCGACUUUAGCGCGGCGACCGCCACGUACCUCCAAUCCAUCUACAACAACCGGACGUUGUCGCCGUCGACCGUGUGCCAUCGCGACGUUGCGACCAAUUCGCACGCGAUUCGAAUGCGCCGAUUGCUGCCACCGUCCGAAACCGAUUGCAUUAAGUACUUGGUGCAUCUCCCAGCCGCGGGGCAGUACGGCGCCGGCAUGCGGCGUUUGGUGUGCACGUUCCUCGCCCAGUCGGAUCGAGCCCACGUGCCGUGGUACCACUGCGAGCACGUGCACAUGUUGGGCUUGCCGACCGGGGACGCGUGUGUGUGGUUUGAGCAGUCGUCCGUGUCCCACGAGCCCGACGAGUUUAUGGUGUACCACGCGUUCUUGAUUUGGGAAAACCCAGUGCUGAGCUGGUGCAAACUCGCCUUUCGAUGCGCCCUCGCGGCGUACAUUUUGCGCGUGGUGUGGCGCCGGUACUACACCCACUACACCGUCUUGGUGAACAACCUGACGGCGCAUCCCAUCCGCGACGACCGGUCGAUUGAUUCCGUCGAGGUCGUGAUGGGCGAUCCGACCUACUUGGUGCUCAGCAAUCCGUUCGUGUUGCUCGUCAUGAUUGUGGACAUGUGGCUCGGGAUAUCGUACGUCGCGAUCGCCGCCGCACGCGCGAGUCAGUACGAAGACUGGAUGAGUUUUGCGCUCGGGUGCGUGUACAACGCUCGAUUUGUGUGGGCUGGUUACAUGAUGAUGUGGAUGCUGUCCAGAGCUGCCAAGCGGCGCGGUUUGGAGGGGUCGUUUGCCCCCGUCGAUCCGGCACACUUGGGCGUGUUGGCAUACUUGUAUGCUGGCCCGAUUGUCCUCUUGUUGGCACGAACGACCAUGAUGGUCAUGUACCAUCGUCUUUGGGACUUGUUGGUCCCGACGAGCGCCCUUGAGAGCCAUAUCGAGACGUUGCCAGGGUGCGUCCUGCUCUCCAUGACGAUGGCGGUCGUCCCGGUGGUCGCGUCAACGACUUGGGGGCUAUGGCAUCACCAUCGCCGCAUCUUUUGUGCCGCAGCACGCCGAGAGAAGAGCUUCAAGUGCCUGCGUGACUAUUGUCCACGGCGGUACAACGAUUUGAAGUCGCGACUCGUGCUGACUCUCGCUCUGCGGAAUGUCACGUACGAUGUCCGCUUCGUUGGCGGGGCGCUGUACAAGUUGAUCGCACGCCGCCCCUGCAUCCGACGGAUGCCUCUGUUUAGCCACCGUGGCGCCGACUGCUGCAUCGUGGCAUACCGCGCCGAUUCCACCGUCGCACUGGAACUCCGGCUCGUGUUGCUGGGCUGCCUCGACCUUCGACCACCCAACUCGAUUGCCCACUCUGUUCGCUGCCGUCCAUCUGGUGCUGCUUCGCCGUUUGGCGUGCUCAGCACAAGUCCAUGCACGUUGUGUCAAAAACGUUCCUCCGACCCCAACGUGUGGUUGCGACUCCAUCCCGGGGCGAACAAGUGCAAGUGGGUGCUCUAUCCAAACGAAGACGCCAACGACAAAGUCUCGUUGUAUCCCUCAAAGAAGUAG